GCUAUACGUGGAACAAUUAGAAAAUUUCAUUAAGGUAGCAUGUAUGAUAUGAUGAAAAGGUGUUGGAAAAUAGGAUGGCAGGGUAGGGCAGAGACCUGAAGGACCUAGGAGGGGUGGAGGGGUCUUCUGGGAUAGUGGGUGAGGGAGGGGUGUGGACACACCCUCUUCAGUUGCCCCCCUUUGUGACUCUUAAGUGGUCUGUGAUAUAAGCUUGGGGAGGAUAUAUAUUCAGCCUCUGCACACUUAAGAGCUCAGUUGCCUACAGGCAGCCUUGCGAUUCAGACAAUGGAGUUCAAAACCUGGAAUGUUCUCUCAUGUCUGAAUACCUAUACUGAACCAUGUCUGAGCUUCAGCUCAACAUGGUUAGAGACUGACCCCAACUUCACCUUCCUGUGUGGGUUGGGAUUGCUUCUUCUGUUCCUGUGCUACCUGAUGCUUCCAUUUCCAACUUGGAAAACCAAACCCACCCAAAAGCGUCAGGGCAGAGCCAAGAGGAGGAGGAAAGGUGGGACUCUGAAAGACUACAGAUGCUACCAGAGAGAAGUGGAGGAAGCCCAGAAGCUGAUCUCUGUUUUAAGAAGCCCAGUAGGCCGGCAUCAUGAUACCAUCUCCUUUCAUCAACUGCUAUGCCCAGACCCCUCCUGUGAGGUGUGUAAUAGAACAACUGCUGAGAUCAAUCGGCUGCUGUUCCCGGAGGCCCUGGAAGAUGCUACUCCCUUGGCUUCCACAGCCCCUGUGACUUCCUCAUCGUUCACUCUCUCCCCUGACUCCUCAGCAGUCCCUCCAGGAGACCUAAUAUCAGCUUCUCUGCCUGAGCCUUCCCCACCACCUGCCUCCACCUUCUCACCUAACCCAGUGACCCCCUUGGCUGACUUUUUUCCACCCUCACCACCGGGUGGCUCUUUGCCACCAGAGUCUUUUCCUCCCUUGCAUUCCGAAUUCCCAAAGGACAGUUUCCCACCCCAGUCCCUUGCCUUUCCUCCAAUCCCACCAAAUCAUGCUCAGACAGUGGAUCCUGUUGUCCAUCCAGAGGCCACUUUGUCUCUAAAUACCAUCUUCUGUCCGGACUCUGCCCUUUCCCAAGAUGUCAACCCCUUACCGGAGUUGUCCCAGAUGGUAAAUCCCACUGAGACCUUUGCUUGUCAUAAUGCACCACCAACCCUGUCUGUUUCACCACCACCGGACUGCAGUUUAACUAUGACUCAACCUAAAUCGAUUUCCAUCUCAAAGAAGCCUGUUCCAGAGAUCUCAUCUCCAGAUAGCUCUGGUGGGUUGUCUACUUAUGUCCCAACAAUCACAGGCUUUAACCCCUCCAGAUUGUCAAUUUUAGACUUCCCUUCGUGGCAAACUCAUGCCAAAGAUUUCUUCCCUUCAACCUUGGCUCCAUAUGAUUUCCAUCAAGAGUUUCUGGCCCUCCAUUCUUCAGAGGCUUCUUCCGGGGAAGACCCUGCAGCCAAGCUUGUGGAGCCUGCUAACCUCUCACUUCUCAGCCCCGAUGGCUUGGCACUCCUAGAGGAACAAGUCCGAAAGAGGAGUGACUUCUGGAUGUGGAAGGAAAUGAAAAAGAGUUCUGUUCCAAAACAAACAAUUGCCGAAAAACAUGACUUGGAAGUUUCCCUUCCUUUCUGGAGCAGCAAAGAUCAAUCAAAGGAGCUGCAUGUGCAUCGGCAGCCCCCAUAUCCUACAACCACCUUGAAGGAGGGCCAUUUACAGCAAACCCCUAUCCAGUUCUUCUGGGGUCUCCCAACUCUGCAUAGUGAGUCCUUGUUCUCUGUUGCCCAUGUCUUAGAUAAUUGUUCCUCCAUCUUAAUUUUUAACAGAGUCUCGAAUGCCUCCACAGAGCAGGAAUCCCCAGUAGUUCCCCAUCCUCUUCCUCUGUCCUUGCCCCAACCCCAGCCCCUACCUAUCCCUCAGGUCCAGCCCCAGGCCCACCUUCAGUCCCCACUCCCCAUCCUGUCAUCUGGUCCUCUAACCCAGGUUAAGGUCUGUGGAGUGUGUUUGCACAGACCUGAGAUGGAAUCAGAGUCUCUCAUACCAAAUGAAAUGCAACAUCUGGAAUGGAACGUGUUGCAGAAGGAACAGGAAACUGUGUGGGGUUUACCCACUGUUGUCCAAAGAUCCCAGGAGGACUUCUGUCCUUCAGCUCCUAAACCUCUUACUCACCAGGCCUCCCAGGCCCGUGUUGCAAUCUCUAUCCUUCCUGGACAGUUUCCUCUCACCGAUGAGCUUCGAAGAAAACUAGAGCGUCACCUUCGAAAGAGGCUCAUCCGACACCAGUGGGGCCUGUCCCGUAGGAUCUGUAAGUCUCUAUCACUGAUGGGUCCGAGUAUUUUUUCAGAGACACCUAACUUGCAGCGCUAUCAUGGACGCACAUGGAUCUCUAAGAGUGAGAGUAAAUCGAGCAAAUCUGAAAGCGAUGAGGGGGACUCAGAAAUGAGUCAGCUGGAGGACGAUGACCUGGAGAAGGACAAUGAUGAUCUGGAGAAGGAUCAGCGACACAACCCAGAGAAUGGCCCAAAAGAUUAUCUGUUGAGUGACCCAGAGAGCUCUUCAGGUAAUGAUAUGGGGUAUGAUUCUGAAAAAGAACUUAGGAGACCAUCAGAGAAAAACUCAACAGUGUCUGUGGAGACUAUAGGUCGGGGACAAUUUGAAAAUGUCUUGAAAAUUCACUUGAGCAAAAAGUGUGAGGAAAUUAAUGAGGGUCAGCUCCCCGGGCCUGUGCAUAAUUCAUGGCAUACUAUGACGCAGACGUCGCUUCUUUUUGAGAACUCCCACACUGAAAUAAAACACAGAAGUUUGCCACCAUCAGAGGUUCAGGACUACUCCCUGAAUACCUUCCGGGAGCUUCCCUUUCUUGAAUCUAGUGCACAACAGAUGCUGGAAGCCCAUAUUAAAAGGUUUCGUAUGAUGAUGACACAGGGCCUUCCCUCCAGGGUCCUUGAAUCCAUAGAGCUCUUUAAAUUGAUAAAGGACACUUCCCAUUCUAGCUUUUCCUCCUCAACCAACCUGAUUUCUGAGCUAAAUUCUAAACCUGGGGGCUUCAACUCCCUCAGAGGAAGCUCUAAAUCUCUCCAUGGAGACAAAGUGGGAACAGCAAAUUCAGCCUCCAUCCUGGAUCGUCCUCUCCCUGCCGCCUCAACUGUGGGCAAGGAAGAACAGAGAAGUCUGAGGCAAUCACCCUCUGAUAUCAACCAUGAGUUAGCAGAGGAUGUUCAGAAGAUUAAGGAUGGCACACAGACUCUUACACCUGUCAAACAUGACACCAUAGGCAACAGAUGGCCCCCAAAGCUGCCUGCAAGGGAAGCUGGGGCCGGACAUGAGCCAAAGGAUAAGAGUGCAAAUUCUGGAGGUAGAGGAGGGAUGCAACAGGGCAAAAAGAAUCUAGAACCUGUCUUUGUGCCCACAGUGUCCAGGGUGAUAUUCAGGGUCAAGGAACUUGAUGCUCAUCAAUCACAAUCUAAUAUCUUGACAACCAGCAAGCCAGUAAGCUCCCAAACCAUAAAGGUGAAUGUUAAUAAAGCCAAAACUACCAUCCCCAUUAAAAGCCCCCCACCAAACAUAUCAAUUCCCCAAGAUCCUAAAUCAUCAAAGCUUAAACAACAACUCUUGUGUGAGCUAAAGUUUAAAUUGGAGGAGAGAGAGCAUAGCCGGGCGCAAGCCCACCACACUGGCCUGCCCCCUGCCUCAGAUAGUUUGACUUACAAGGCCUCACUGACUCAUGCCCAGGGUGUGUCCAGUGGGGACAUGGGAGCUUCUCAGGUGCUGCAUGUCCAUACAGAGGACACAGGAAUUAAUAUGGAACAACAGCAGGAGCCUGGGGUCCGUAAGCAUGUCUUACGGAAGUGCCAGAAUAAGAAUCUCCCACCAGCUGCGGUGACCAUGAGCCCUCCAGGCUCCAAGGCACAAGAGCUUGGUGGAGGGGAUGCAGGACUGGGGACAUCCCAACCUAAAAGGAACAGUUUCCCUACUGAGGAUGUGGCAUUGAACAAGAGGUUCCCUACUCAGGACGUGCUAUCGGAAAAGCCGGGAAGCAAGCCUUCCCAGACCCUAUCACAGAACGGUCAGCCGCCUCCUGAAAGCCUUUCACAGAAGGGUCAGCCUCCUUCUGAAAGCCAUUGCAGAAAAAAAAUGAAGCGUUUUUUGCAAUGGCUUAAGCCAGGGAUAAAAUGCAAGAGGCAAGAAAACUCCCAGGAAAAGGGCAGCCCCCGAUCAUCUGUGGAAAGCAGAGGCCUACUUAAAGGUAGAACUGCCUUUACUGGGGCAACGGAAGCUCGGAAAAUCGUGACAGACGGGACGUUCCUAGAGGAGAAAAUGGGGCGUUGGCAUGCAAUAGAUAGCACCUGCCCUCAACAGCCCAUUCCCUUCCCAACCAAGUAUGGGAAAACUCAGCAGAAAGCACAAGUGCAGGCUCAGGCACAGCCUGUCCAGGGCCAUACUGGAAAUAUUAGACAGAUCAGAGACAAGGACAGACAGCCCCAGAAAGCUGUGGCAUUUAAGGACCAGCGACUGCAUCCCCUAUCCAUGCCCCACAGGGAGCCUGCACCCCACCCACAUGCCACCUGCAGGCAUCAAGCUGGCCAGGGGCCUCCGGCCACUCUCACCACUGCUGGAGGCACUGUGUUCAGAGAUCUGCCUCUACUAUUUAGGCAGAAAACCCUUCUCCAGAAUUUCCACGGGGGGAUAUUUCCCACCCCAAAAUAAUCCCUUGUGAGGAAUAUUGAUUCUCUCCAAUAAAUAUUGCUCUAAUAAUAGCGAUGUCUGUUCUGUGUACUGUACUGGGGGCAUGGCUUUCGGGUAACUCGGUUCGGCUGUUACUGAUUGCUUCCUUUGGCUUCUAAAAGGUGACCAGUCUCCUGGAGCUCUUGAGAACUAGAUACCAUGUGCCCCGCAAGACCCCCAAAGCCCAUUUCCUCUCUGAUGAAGUUUGAGGAAAUGAGCUCUGUCUCCUGCCCUUUAGCUUAGCCUUACUGAAAAUGUAUAGUAGCUCACA